CGAGGGAGGCGGUUUCGGUGUAAGUGCGCUAGACUGUCCACGUGUGUGUUCCAUGUGAGUCUGAUACCCAAACCUGUGGAAGCGAGAUUGAGCAGAAAAUACCAACCAAAACCAAAUCAGAAACAACAAUAUCGCAAUAAACUAGAAGAUGAAGAGGAAAGGGCAGGAGACGGCGGUGACGGAGAAUGAGAACGAGGAGGAGCUGUCGGACCCCUCGGAGGAGGAGGAGGAGGACGGAGACGAGGGGAGCGGUGGUCCUGGGGGUCCGCUGAAGAGGAGCCGUGUUCAGGGGAAGAGUUUGGGGGACGGGGUCCUGAAGCCUGUCAAACUGACCAAGCAGCAGCUGUACAAACCCCCCACUAAUGAGGAGCUGAACCGCCUGCAAGAGACCGAGAGCCUGUUCCACUCGAGCCUGCUGAGGAUGCAGAUGGAGGAGCUGCUGAAGGAAGUGACUCUUUCUGAGCGGAGGAGAAAGACGAUCGACUCGCUCGUGCAGGAAGUGACAUCGCUGCUGGCUAGUGUCCCUGAGACGACUGACACAGAGCUGAGUGAUCAGGCCUGGGUGCCACGUGGUGUGAAGGUGCCCCUGCUGCAGGUCCCCUACUCUGUGAAGGGUCGCUUCAGAAUGGCACCCCCCCUCUCUGUCAAGCUGGUGGGCAGCUACCCCCUGGGCACCUGCUCCAAACCUGACGUCAAUGUGGACCUGGCCGUCACCAUGCCAGCGAUCCUGCACCCAAAGGACUACCUGAACCAGCGCUAUCACCGCAAGAGGGCGCUGUACCUGACCGGCCUGGCGCACCACCUGUCCUCCAGCCACGCCUUCGGCAACCUGCGUUUCACCUAUCACCAUGGAAACCACCUGCGGCCCCUCCUUCUACUCACUCCACUCGGUAAGGAGGAGCGCUCGGUGACCCUGCGGCUCCACGUCUGCCCCCCCGCCGGGUUCUUCAAGCCAAGCCGGUUCCACCCCCGCAAAAACAACGUGCGCACGGCCUGGUUCCUGGGCCAAGAGACCCCCCAGCAGGGCAUCAGCGAGCCGCCCACCCCUCACUACAACAACUCUGUGCUGAGUGACAUGUUGCUGGAGUCUCACAAGAGCUUCCUGUCUGCCAGCGCUGCCGACUUCCCCGGCUUCAGGGAGGGGGUGGCUGUGAUCAAGGUGUGGCUGCGACAGAGAGAUCUCCACCAGGGUUAUGGCUGUUUCAAUGGCUUCCUGGCCUCCAUGCUUGUCGCCUACCUGCUCUCCAAACACAAGAUCAACUCCAUGAUGAGCGCAUACCAGGUGCUGAGGAACGUGCUCCAGUUUCUGGCCUCCACUGACCUGACAGAAAGCGGGAUUACUCUGGUGAAAGGCACAGACAGCACGGUGCCGGCCCUGUCCGAGUUCCACGAUGCUUUCCAGGUGGUGUUUGUCGAUCCCUCGGGUCACGUCAACCUCUGUGGAGACAUGACUGCCAGCAAAUAUAGACAGGUACAGCACGAGGCACGUCUGUCCAUGCAGGUGUGGGAUAACCCCAAGCUGGACGGGUUUCACUCCCUCCUGAUGACCCCCAAGCCCCUGGUCCGCACCUUCGACCACAUCUUUCACCUGUCCUCUGUGGUGAAGCUGCAGGCCGCCUGUAAGAAAAUGGAGCUGCUGUCUGAGCUCCUGGACCACGCUGGGAACUACGUGGCAGCGGCUCUGCCUUUCAUCAUGUCCCUCCUGCAGCGAGGGCUGGGAGACAGAGUCCGGCUUCUGGCACACUCCCUGCCUCAGAGCCCCGAGCUGAGUGACUGCUCUGAGCCCCCCAAACAUAAGUCUGUUGUGCUGUCCUUUGAGUUGCUCCUGAAUCCUGAGCAGAAAAUACGUCUGGAGACUGGCCGCUGAGCCGACAGCACUGAGGCGCUGGAGUUCCGCAAGCUCUGGGGCGAGAGGGCGGAGUUGCGGCGUUUCCAGGACGGCUCGAUCUGUGAGGCUGUAGUGUGGCAGGGGGGAUCUGCGUUCCAGAAGAGGCUAAUCCCAGAGCAGAUCAUCAAGCACCUGCUGCAGCUACAUGCAGAUAUCCCAGAGUCCUCGGUGCACUACAUGGGGGCGCUGCUGAGGUCUAUCAAUAGACCAGACUGCCUCCCAGAGUCACUGCGGUGUGCUGUGACCUGGCGCCCCUCUUCAAGGUGCAUUUGCUGUGUUCUCCUGCAGGGCGGCAACACUGGGGAAGAGGCGAGUGUGCAGGUGAUCCAGUCCUACGAUGACCUGAGCCGCAAGCUGUGGAACCUGGAUGGGCUGCCCCUGACGGUGACCUCGGUACAGGGGGCCCACCCCGCACUGCGCUACACCCAGGUGUUCCCUCCUGUCCCGAUGAAGCCUGACUACUCCUGUUUCCAGUUGGAGAAAUCCCACCGCUCCCUACUGCCCCUGGAAGGGAAGCCCUGCCCUGCAUACAUCCCAGCGAUCAAGGUGAUUUGUCACAUGGAGGGCAGUGGGAAGUGGCCCCAGGACCGGGAGGCGAUCCGGCACAUCAAGGCUGCCUUCCACAUCCGCCUGGGAGAGCUCCUGGGACAGCAGCACCGGCUCACCUGCCGCCCCGCACCCACGCACCUCGACGUCUACAAGGACGGGCUGGUGUUCCGCGUGCAGGUGGCCUAUCACCGGGAGCUUCAGAUCCUGAGGGAGACGCUGACCCCUGAGGGGAUGGUGCGUUACCGGGACAACGAGGAGGCUCUGCGGCUGGAGCUGGAGACGGUGCACCGACCCUACCUCACCAGUACACUGCACGGGCUGCAGCAGCAGCACUCUGUGUUUGGUGCCACGGCCCGGCUGGCAAAGCGGUGGAUCGGUGCGCACCUCCUGAGCGCCAGCCUGAGCGAGGAGAGCCUGGACCUGCUGGCAGCAUCUCUGUUCCUGCAGCCCGCGCCCCACAUAGCGCCCAGCUCCCCGCAGGUGGGAUUCCUGCGCUUCCUUCACCUGCUCGCCUCAUUUGACUGGAGGAACGACCCUCUCAUUGUGAACCUCAACGGUGACAUCACAGCCACGGAAAUCACGGAGAUUAAAAAUGAUUUUAUCGCCUCCCGCUCCUCGCUGCCUGUCAUGUUCAUUGCCACCCCCAAAGACAAGAAGAACUCAGUCUGGACCAAAGAGGGGCCGUCAGUGCAGAUCCUGCAAAGGCUGAUCGUUCUGGCUGCAGAGAGCCUGCGGGUCCUGGAGAUGCAGCUGAAGGACCCAACUCAGCCGCAAGAUGUCAAGAUGGUGCUGCGUCCCCCCCUGGAUAUCUACGAUGUGCUGAUUCACCUGAACCCCAAGCAGGUUCCUCUGCAUGCACAGGCCGUUGACACGCCACGCAUUGUCUUCAGCAGGGGGGCGCUGCCGAGCGGGGCGGCAGGGGGCUCGGGUAACAUGCCCGUCGUCGACUUCAACCCCGUCGCCUGCUACCUGAGCGAGCUGAGAGAUGCCUUUGAAGAGCUGGCAUUGUUUUUCUGUGACCCGUUUGGAGGCACGGUGAUUGCAGUGCUGUGGAAACCACAGGCCUUCGCACCCCAGCUGUUCCGGGCAUCCCAUGUGAAGGCUCGGCUGGUGCAGGUGAAGGGGAGCGAGGCGCAGACCGUGCCCAAUGUGGAGGCCAUCCUCGAAGACUUCGAGACCCUGGGGGCAGGGCUGGUGCGGGAGGUGGAGGUGCGCAGCGAGCGGUGGACUAUCUGAGGACCCUACUCCCCCCCGAUCACCAGGAGGCAGCGCAGUACCCCUCACCAUACUGCUGAGGCUGCCUCCCCCAAAGACUCCUUAGGUGUUGAGGCUGUGUGGACCUACUCCAUGCCUGAUUUUGAUGGCUGUAUCUCUAAUGUGUUGGAUUGAUGGCUGUACCUCUACUCUGUGUUGAUUGAUGGCUGUAUCUCUGUGUUGGAUUGAUGGCUGUAUCUCUGUGUUGGAUUGAUGGCUGUAUCUCU